AUGGGCUUGAAAGAAGGCACGACUGCCUUCUUGAAGUUAGAGGACUUCGAGCCGCCCUGGAGACAGGUUGCUCCACAGCGGAUCUUUGCUGCGGGAAAGGAGACCUUGGAGCAGAGCCCGGACUUGCAGUACGCCACUGCCUCGGAGGAACUUCCUCCCGACAUUCCAACCACUCGAGGUCGGGGAGCGAGGACAAGGCUGGAAGAAAGCUCGGAGGAGGACACAGAGGAGGAGGACGAAGCUGGAAGCGAGGACGAUGUUUUCAAGAUGCUACAAAAAGCCCGGAAGCUUGGAGCAGAAAGGGAUUCGAGUUCAGGAAAAGAUCGAAGAGGGCGGCCCACCAAAAGUCGGUCGCGCUAUCAGCUCUGCGAGGAAAAGGCAACCGGCAGCCAAAGAAAGAAAGCUUCUACCAGUGGCUUGGAAGCCCUUCUUCAACAGAACAUUGCCGCAGGCGAACAGGACGACAGUGACUGCAGCAGUCUGGAGAGUUCGAGCAGUCAUGGGAAACGCGGAGGAGCAAGCAGAGCACUCCGCGAAUACCGUCGCGGUCACCGCGAGAUGAGGCGACACCCGAAAAAGCACAUCAGACGUUACAUCAAGGAGGUGGAGCAUCAUUUGGGUGCUACAAAGGACACCCCCUAUCAGCUGUCAGACGACACAAAAAGGCUGAACUGGGGAAAGCAGAGAAGUCUGCUUCGAAUCCACUAUGCUGCCUCAGAAGUUCUCCAAACUUUGCUGCAGAACAAACCGGAACUGGCUGCGCUGGAGCUGGUGCAAGUGCUGAGGGCAAUCCACCAGACUUGCCUGGAUCAAGGUUCAUGGAAAGCGAGCUGGCUCCUCCUACGAUAUCAGGAUCCAGUAGAUGUCCCGAGAUUUGGAGGAGAACCACAGGAUCUGGAGCGAGUAGCCGGCUACCUGGAUGCUCUUCAGAAGCUGGAGAAACGAUCAAAAGGCCUGGGCAAGGGCGAUGUGGCCGACGAAGAAGGCGGAAAAGGCAAGAAGGGCAAGGGCAACAAGCAGAAACAAGUGAGCUACAGGACGACGUCCAGAGCCGGUUCUCCAAGUAGGCGUCAGGCGGCAGUUGCGGCCACUGCACGAGCUGCCCAUGGGACAUGGACUGCCAUGCAUGAGGAGUUCGUAGGUAUUUUGAACCCCUGUGACCAUCUCUCACCUGAACAGUUGCGGGAAUUCAAAGCUAUGCCUAAGGACAUCCCAAUUCCAGGUCCUGCACCUGGAGACUGCAGAGCUUGUCAUGAGGUGGACGAAGCUCAGUGGCCAGCUCUUUUGCGCAAGCUCCAUGAUGCUAACAUGAUUGAAUUCCUUCCAGCUGAAGAUGCAUUCCGUGAUGAGAAGGGAGUGGUAAAAGGGGGGGUCUUUUUGCAGCAGAUCGAAGAGCUCACUUCCCAGCUUGUCUUGCAUCGGUAUGCCACAAAGAAAGCCUUGCAAAAACUAAUCGGACUGUUUGUGCAUCCUUUUAUGCAUCGUCGUGAAUGCAUGAGCAUAUUCCACCACACGUACAUGCAUACUGAAAGUUUGCCUGAUGGGUGCAGUCGCAAGAUUCCACAGUACGUGCAAGACGAGCUGAUCACUGCAGCUCUUCUUCUACCUAUGGCUUGUUCAAACGUGAGGCUCCCAGUCUCAGUGAAGGUAUCCGCCACGGACGCUAGCUUGGGGGGAGGGGGCAGAGCUUCAACUUUGACCUCAAAAACCUUUGCUACAGCGCUGUAUCGAUACGGAGAAACAAAGGGCGAGUAUACCAGACUGGACUGGAGCUGUUCUCCCCUGCCACCUGAGUCUUCAAUGCAGAAGGAUCUCCUGGAGCAAGAGGCGCAAUGUUCACUGACCUUUAUCCUGUCGCAUAUCCACAGAGCUGAUGAGCUGUUGGCAGAGUAUGUCCUGCAGAAACACAGAACAUCCGCAAAGCAUGCUGAGAAGGUUGUCGCUGGAGGAGCUCUGAGAGGGCUCAAGUAUUCUGAUCUGAGCCAGGAACAGCUCGGCCGUGCCGCCAAGCGAUAUCCUGCUGAUCAGAAGUUACAAAAGUAUGCCAAAGCAAUCAUUGCCUCUAUGGAACUGGACGGCAAUGAACAAGAACCAGUCGUAAGGUCGGGUUUCGGUCGUUUGAAUUUGGCACAGGGUGGGCCUCAUGGACACCGGAAAAGGGCUGAAGGCGGUGUAGAACUUGCCAGGCCCACGUGGCUGCGACCGCAGUGCAGGAAAGAGACGCAACGCGAGGUUCAUUUGUUUCGGAAUAGGCCCUCCGCGAGCUCAUUGCUGCAGCGUUUCAGUUCAGAACUGACCAUGGCGGAAGCUCCAAUUCUAGGUCUUGAACAAGCCGGCAGUGAAGCGGCAUGGUGGGAGGAGUACAGCGCUCAACGAUGCGAGUCCAGAUCCUCCAGAUGCCCUGAAGGCUUUGUUGAUGUCUCCCCGUACAGCAGCCCUCGAGCAUUGUCGCCAAUUUAUCAUGAUGAUGCCAGUGUGGAUAGCUGGACGCUAUCACCUUCCUUGUCACCUGCCUUGUCGCCGCAUGGGCGUGAUGGGCGUGAUGGGCGUGAGGGUGCCUGGCAACUCGAUGCUGGUUUGAUUCAAGUGGUCGAGGGAAACUUGGUGCGUUUGAACAUGGAGCAGCUCAUUGGACAUCGCCGUUCGGGCGCGUCAGAUUGUCCAGACCUUCCGCACCUGACACGGGAAGAGGUGAUGUCGUUGCCCUGUGCUUCUGCUGCUGAUGUCAGCUGUUCGAUUUGUUUGGAGGGCUUCUGUGCCGAGAAUCCGCCGCGAAUUCUGCCGUGUCAGCACGCCUUUCAUACGGACUGUGCAGUGCUAUGGCUCAGCAAGUCCACCCUUUGUCCCAACUGCCGCACCCCGGCGCGGUGUGAGACGGAAGCUGAAGCAACGAGAGAGGUGAGCAUUCUACGUAUCGCAAAUGAUCGAGUGAAAGUUGAUCGGGCAGCAGAACCGACCGACUUUGAGGUCAGUUCCAAGGCAGCGGAUGGGCCCAGCCCAAUGAGAGGCUUGAAAAUCACCAGAGCCAAGGAACGACCCCCUGAAAGAUUCACAUUUCGUUAAAGUCAAG